UUUUGUGCGUUGAUUGUACUCACUCCUCUUUCAUCUCACCAACCAUACAAGCAAAGUAGCGAACUGCAUCGGAAACCGAUCAAAUCAAAUUAUGGAAGAAAACUCAGAACAAGACAACAUCCACCAAACCCAACGCCCCUCUGAAGAACAAAACGACGACUACGACCAAGAAGACGAAGAUGAAGAAGAAUACGACGACGACGACGAAGACGUCGUCGUUUUGGAGGAACCCACUCACCGAACCCCCCAAUCCCCAUUGUCCCGUCUCAGAGAACAGAAAUUCAAGCUUGAAACCCUUUCCCGACGACUUUCAUCGGAGCUAGUCCCAAUCCGAGUCCACGACGUUCUUAUUCGCGGCAACACCAAGACCAAAGACUGGGUGAUCGAAGCCGAAAUCAAGGGAAUCGAGAAUGCCACUACCAUGCAGGAACUCAUUCGCGCAUCCGAAAUCGCACUCGCUAGGCUUCAGAAUCUCGGUGUUUUCGAUUCUAGCAAGCUAAGACUCGAGCCUGGACCGCCGGAGUUGCCUAACACUGCCAAUGUCGUCAUCGACAUCGUUGAGGCUGUUAACAAAACCUCCGGUGAAUUCGGUGUUUAUACCAAACCAUCGACUAGUUCUUGGACUGGUGAAGGUACUCUUAAGUACAAAAACUUGUUAGGUUAUGGUGAUCAAUGGGAUGCUUCUUUGGCUUACGGUGCCAGCCAAGCAACAGAGGUGAGUGUAGGGGUAUAUGCCCCUCGACUUAAAGGAACCUCAACUCCCAUUGUAGCACGACUGUCCAUGCUUUCCCAAGAUUGGCAAGAAUUUUCUUCAUACAAAGAGCAGUUGUUGGGCAUGUCUCUUGGCUUAAUAUCGACAAAGUACCAUGACUUGGUAUACACUCUUGGAUGGCGUACCUUAACAGAUCCAUCACAAAUGUCGUCCAGGUCUAUAAGGAGGCAGCUUGGGCAUGGUUUGCUAUCAUCUUUGAAGUAUACGUUUAAAAUUGAUAGAAGAAACUCAGCAAUUAGGCCUACAAAAGGACAUGCUUUUGUUUCUACCACUCACCUUGGUGGCCUUACACCAGACCAUCGGAGCUUGCGGUUUCUGCGUCAGGAGUUUGAUGUUCGGUAUGCUGUCCCCUUUGGGUUUUACAAUACAGCUCUGAACCUAGGGAUUUCUGCUGGUGCCGUUUUUCCAUGGGGACAAGGUUUCAUGAACAAGCCAUCUCCCGUUCCUGAAAGGUUUUAUUUGGGUGGUGACUUCUCUCCAGUUUGCACCCUAGGAGGGCCAAUAACAUUGUGGGGAUUUAAAACUAGGGGAUUAGGUCCGGCUGAACCACGAAGACAAAGCAGAGAUGUAUUUAAUGAUGACAAUAAUGAUUCCUCUAAAUGGGACUUCAUUGGAGGAGAUCUUGCUGUUACAGCUUUUGCAGACCUCUCUUUUGAUCUUCCAAUUAGGUGGUUAAGAGAACACGGGAUCCAUGGCCAUGUUUUUGCUGGUGCUGGGAAUACCGCUAAAUUAACUCAGAAUGAAUAUAAGAACUUCUCUCCUCGGAAGUUUUUAGAUUCCUUUCGAACAUCAGUGGGAUGUGGAUUUGUUGUUCCCACUAGACUUUUCCGCCUAGAGGGUAACUACUACUACAUACUCAAGCAGAAUGAACAAGAUCGUGGUAAAAAUGGAUUUAGGUUCAGCUUCUCAGCUCCUUCAUAGAGGCUGGUUUCUCAACCGAGCUUUUUUUCUUUCUAUGUAGUUCUCAAGCUUUAAACAUUUAUGCUGUCUGUCACGGGAUGGCUAGUUAUUUUGAUUUCGUUGUCAUUUAAAAUCCAGACCGAAAAUUGAGAAAAAGGCAUUGUUUCAGAUUUGGGGAUUUAGAGGGAUCAGAUUUUGGAAUAGGUAUUACCCUUGGGGGAUAUAACAUGUAGCCCAUGCUCAUCGCAUGACAGAGGCAAUGGUAUUCAAAAUUUAUGCACUCUUGUACUGGCCUAGAUUGGCACUAAGAACUCACAAACUUUGUUUGUUCAACUUAAAUUGCAAAUAAUUCCUAACAUCAGUUGAGGUCACCCUUGUGCGUAUUUUGUGUAUUAUCUUUCAAAUGAUAAAACGGGAAAUUGGCUUUAUGCUA